UUAUAGAGAUGUCUGUCCUUUGUCUACUCUGAAUCCACCAUCUAGUUCAUUCCAUCAUGUAAUAUUGUGUGCAAUCUUUCCAAGAGUAUCAGAUAUCUUUCCUAAAUACUGCUUCCGCAUACCCUUUUGCAGAGUUUCCCAGCACUACCUACUCCAUACUCCUGUCACAAACCCCAACUCUAAACUUGACUUUCUACCACUUGGAUAUGCUUCUUUCUUUAGGAUCCUUGACGGUCCUCCUGGCCUGCAUCUCAACCGGAUACGGUCUGCAAUCACAGAUCCCCAAUGAUGCACCAUUAUCGUCCUUGAUCUCCUCCGCAAAAUCCCAUCUCGCGAAUGGCUCGCCGCGUGAUGCUCUUCUAUAUUUUGAUGCAGCCAUUUCACGGGAUCCUACAAAUUAUAUCACAAUUUUUCAACGUGGAGCAGCUUAUUUAUCCUUGGGGAAGAAUUCACUGGCUUCGGAGGACUUUGACCGGGUAUUGAAGCUUAACCCGGAGUUUGAGGGUGCUCGACUGCAACGUGCCCGUCUAAGAUCAAGGCGUGCGGAUUGGACUGGUGCGUUGGACGAUCUUGAAAAGGCUGGUAAAAAAUCAUCUACGCAGUACCAGGAGCUUAAAAUCGCACGGGAUGCUGCCCUCUCAUCACAAGAUGCGGAGAAGAAAGGUGACUGGGAUACUUGCAUCAACCAGGCAAAUGUUGCAAUAUCAAAGGCAAGCGAAGCUGUAACCUUGCGACAGACUCGCGCACACUGUCGCUUUGUGAAAGGAGAAGUGGAGGAAGGCAUUAAUGACCUCGUUCAAGUCUCACAUAUUUCACCUGCUUUGGUGGAGCCGCAUCUGCAGAUGUCAGCAGUAUUGUUUUACGCUUUGGGCGACGUUGAUCGUGGUGUUACUCAAAUCCGGAAGUGCCUGCAUUUUGAUCCCGAUUCUAAAGCGUGCAGUGGCCUUUUCCGGAGACAGAAGCAACUCGUCAAACGGUUGGACAGUUUGCGAGAAUCAAUCGACAAGCAGAAAUUUCCCAACGCUGUCAAUUUGUUGGUGGGAGCGAGCGGACAGAAAGGCCUAAUAGAUGAUGUGAAAGAAGACAUCCAGAAGGCCAGGGAAGCAGGCUUCAUAUACCCUGCGACACCCACCAAACUAUACAACUUUUUGGUUGAGAGCGCCUGCGAGGCAUACAGACAGAGCCACGUGUCCAAGAAGGCCCUCCCUUAUUGUUCCGAGUCUCUAGAACUCGAUGCGCAUUCUCUUGCUGGUCUUUUAUAUAAGGCCCAAAUUGCCAUUGGUGAGGAUAGGUUUGAGGACGCUAUAAACACACUCAAUAGCGCCAAGGAUCACCAUCCCGAUUCCAAGGAAAUAAAUACUCUUUUGCAAAGGGCACGCAUCCUACUGAAACGUUCCAAGCAGAAGGACUACUAUAAGGUUCUGGGUGUCAGCCGUGAUGCGGAUGAACGGACGAUCAAGCGUGCUUAUCGCCAGUUGACGAAGCAAUAUCAUCCGGAUAAGGCUACUGCCCGUGGGAUCCCGAAAGAGGAGACUGAAAAGAAAAUGGCUGCCAUAAAUGAAGCUUAUGAAGUGCUAUCGAACCCUGAGUUGAAGGCGCGUUUCGAUAAUGGUGAUGACCCCAACGAUCCACAUUCUCAGGGAGGCAGCCCAUUCCAGGGCAGUCCAUUCAGCCAUGGGGGUGGUGGUCAACAUUUCUUCUUCCAGCAGGGAGGACCCCAAUUUAAGUUCUCUGGGCAAGGGUUCAAUUUUCCUGGCGGCUUUCCCUUUCGGUGAAUUAUCUUUUAGCAAUUCCGACUCUGAAGUCUUUCACUCAUCCUUCCUUUCGGUGAGGGGGGUUGCUUGUGUAACUGGUUACGCAAAUUAUAGUGUUUUUUAGCGAAUUCAUUCCCUCUGAAAAUCUUUAGUUUGUUUUCUUUGUCCUUGAUGGGCCUUUUCAGUAUAGUGGGAAAUAACGAGAUAGUCACCUUUUAGUCACCUUUUCACUAACAUAAACAAGCGAAGUUACUUAUACAUCAUGCUUAGGCACUUUUUCAUGCCUCCUUCCUAACCAUUCAUUCCAAGGAGAAAAUAACAGUUUUCUAGCGCUGCCCACUGUCUUGCUCACUUUUGCGGUGCAUCUGUAAGGGGCACAUAGCUGACCUGGAAGACUUUCUCUUUGUGCACAGACCCGUCCGCCUUCUUAUCCACCACCCAAAUAUACUGCCCACCACCGAGUCCAAGCCUUCCUGCAAGGCUCCCAUUGUUCUCUGUCUCCACUGGAAUGAACAUGCGCCCUGGAGUACGAAGUUGUUCUAUAAGUACCGAGUGAAGUUGCUCGGCUGCCGCUCCAACAUGGAUUACGUCAUAUGGCGCUCCCUCCUUCCAUCCCAGUCGGCCGUCAGCUGUGAUGAAUUUCACUCUUCCUGAUUCCAGGUACUGGCGGCCAUCUUCUGACUUGCUCAUGUUUUUGUGGGCAAUUUCGACUAAUUCUUGUAUAUGGUCAAUUCCGAUUACUUGGCCGUCGGUACCCCCAACAGACGAUGGGUCCGUGAUAAGAUUAGUGAGGACAUGUGUUAGGUAUCCGGAGCCCGACCCAAUAUCAAGCACCCGUGAACCUGGUUUGAGAAAGUCAACGAGGUACUCACACGCAUGGCCGUGCAUGUGCGGAGCUGAAAUUGUGGCACCGUAACCGAUAGGCUGCGGCGAGUCCUGGUAGGGACUUGAAGGGGCAUAGUGAGCCCGGUCGACCUUGAAGUAACUCAUUUGUCAAAUCAGCAGUGCUUUUGCAUGGGCUCGCUUUCAGCAGUUGCGAUGUAUAUAAAUCACACUCGGCCAAGGUAGGGACUACAUAAAAGGCAGGAUGCGGUGGAAGAGGAUGCUCACCCGCAACAUGGCAUCUUUCACCCGUUCAUUCUUGAUGAGGCCUGCUUUAAACAGGUUCUCGAUCAACUCUGUGUUAGAUGAGCCAGAGCAGUACCACGCCAUGGACAUGGCCCUCUUUGCGAUCCGAUUCACUUUGAGGUUUGCUCCGGUGACUCUUUCUUCGGAGUUUGGGUGCAGAGGAGGCUUGUUUUCUUGGGCAGUGAUAUGGUCGCCGUUGGUAUAUAGUGGAUAUGGCACCUAUUAUUCGAUGCGUUGGGGACGGAAAGGAGGGGUCAGCUACUCCUGUAUAAAACUUUUUGGGUUCAUGUCUGUUUUCCUAGCAUCCUCAUAGCUAGGUGUCAUAGUGUGUUCAUGACGCCAUGGUCACAUAUCCAUCUCCCCACAUGACUCUACUACAUAAUGUAGUCAUGGCUCUGUCAUGUUAUACUUGUUGGUGCGUUAAUGUUCCAUGCUCUUGGUUUGACUUCUUUUGAUUUUUUUAUCUUAGUCAUAUGGUCCAUUGUACCUCCCGUCCCGGUGUAUAUGGAUGCUGUAACAGAUGAUAAUAUAUAUAUAUAUAUAGCGUAUUCACCCGUUCAUGAGACAUGAGUAUGUAAUAUAGCAUCUGUCAGACAUCCC